AUGUCUGUAUUAUUGACUCAUGUGUUUGGUUUGGUUUUCGCCAAAGUCUCAGCAUCUGCCACCCCCAAACCGCCUCUUAUUAGAAAUUGUACUAAGUGGUCUGUCGAUGAAGUCGCCAAAUGGGCGUCAGGCAUCUCACCCGCUAUCUUCACAAGUGACGACGUGCAGACUCUCAAACAGCAGAGAGUCAACGGCCCAACUCUCCUGACUUUGACCGAGCAGAAGCUCCUUGAUCGUCCAUACCGACUCACUGGUGGUGCAGCAACGGAACUUCUCUUGGCCAUCAACAACCUCAAGAUCUUUGCAAAGACCCAAGAUGCCACCAAACUGCAGGACCCUAAUCUCCCCGAUCGUCAUGAUCCAAAGUGGGACUAUCUUCGCAAUCUUGAGCAACUGAAGAGGAAGGUUGGACAAUUCAUCGAGUUGCCGAACAUUGGUGGAACAGACGAGAAGCUUCCAAUGAAGUUGCUCGGAGACAAGAUCAAGUCAUACCUUUUGACCCGAGAGAGAUAUGAUUUGGUCGAGAAAUUCUACAAUAUGGUCAACGUUGGCAAGGUCAAUGUCAAGAAUGCUAACCAACAGAGUGGCAUCAUCCUCUCCGGUUCCAAUGGUGUUGGCAAGACAUUUGAAUCCUACCUCCUCACCUGUGUUGCAUAUAUGAACAAUGCCAUCCUCUUCUAUAUCGUAUGUAUAUGUUCUUAA